AUUAAAUGUGCUCACCUACACUUUCAGAAGCUCCAUUUUUGUGGACAUUUAUUUCUCUUCUCAUCUCUCCAUUCCUUUGCCUGAACCACAACACUACUCUCUGCAUCAUCUUCAUCAUCAACUGCCAACCUUUCAUUUUUAAAUCAUCAACACAGAAAAAAACCAGCAUGCACCAUCUCAGCUACAAAAUGUGGAGUUUUUUCUUUUUUCUUGCUGCAGAUGAACUUCAGAGGUUACUUCUCUCUAGCUCCAGGUUUGAUCUAAUGCUUGUUUCUUGAUUCCAAGUUCAAAAACUCUCUCUUUCAGUUACUGGGUUAGUGUUUUCUUGGAGAAAAAAGUUGGAUAAUGAUAGAAACAGUUCAAACUUUGUAGAAUAAACAGCUCAAGAUCUCAGUUGGGUUUAAUGUUUUAAGCAGUGUUGUGUUUGUGAAGUUAUGUUUAUAGGUUUUCGAUCUUGGUUUUGGUAAGUAUGCUCGGACAGCAGUAGCUAGGUUUUAUCUAUGUUGAAUAGUUGGUAUUUUUGAAAGCUUAACAUGCAUGUAAUAUUAAAAAGGUUCAUUCAAUUUUAUCUGUAAAUUGAAGCUGGUGUUUUUUCAAUGGUAAUUUCUAGACAUUUGGUUACAAGUUUUCUUGGCUGGAAUGCUGGUUUGCUUCUUCAGCUUGUAGUCCUGUCAGAUUUAUGGUGGUUAGGUUCAGGUCUAGGUUCCAUGUCUUCCAUUGCCAUUUCUUACGGUGAGAAUGGUCCUGUUUUUUGUGGGCUAAAAUCCGACGGGUCGCAUAUUGUGACCUGUUAUGGUUCGAAUUCUGCAAUUAUCUAUGGAACCCCAGCUCAUUUUCCUUUUGUUGGCCUCACUGCUGGUGAUGGCUUUGUGUGUGGGAUUCUGAUGGGGUCUAAUCAGCCUUAUUGUUGGGGAAAUAGUGGCUAUAUUCAAAUGGGUGUUCCUCAACCUAUGGUGAAAGAUGCUGAGUAUGUAGAAAUUAGUGCAGGUGAUUACCAUUUAUGCGGAUUGCGAAAGCCGUUAACAGGAAAGAAUAGGAACUAUUCUCUUGUUGAUUGUUGGGGAUAUAACAUGACCAAGAAUUAUGUGUUUGAUGGGCAGAUUCGGUCGAUAUCGGCGGGUUCCGAGUUUAAUUGUGGAUUGUUUUCUCAGAAUAGGAGUGUUUUCUGUUGGGGUGAUGAGACUAGUAGUCAUGUAAUGAGCUUGAUUCCUAAAGAAAUGAAGUUUCUAAAAAUCGCAGCCGGUGGUUAUCAUGUUUGUGGGAUUUUAGAGAUGAAUUCUAGAGCCUAUUGUUGGGGAAGAAGCUUGGAUCUUGAGGAAGAGAUAUCUGUGACAUAUUCAGGUCAAGGAAAUGUUGAUUUGCCUCCAAGAGAUCCAAUGCUUUCGGUUGUCGGUGGAAAAUUCCAUGCUUGUGGAAUCAAGAGCUAUGACCAUGGUGUGAUUUGUUGGGGUUUUAUCGUAAAGCCGAGCACUCCAGCUCCUGAUGAUAUUAAAGUCUAUGAAGUUGCUGCUGGAAAUUACUUCUCUUGUGGAAUUCUUGCUGAGAAAUCUCUCCUACCGGUUUGUUGGGGUCUCGGCUUUCCUAGCUCUCUGCCUUUAGCCGUCUCACCUGGACUCUGCAAAACUAGUCCUUGCGUCCCCGGUUCCUACGAAUUUAGCAAUGAUAAUGCACCUUGCAAGUCUCCCAAUUCUCAUGUCUGUUUGCCCUGCAGUAAUGCUUGCCCUGCAGAAAUGUAUCAGAAAGCUGAAUGUACUGCAAAAGCGGAUCGCCAAUGUGAUUAUAAUUGUUCAAGUUGUGCUUCGGCAGAAUGCUUCUCGAAUUGUUCUGCCUUGUAUACUGAUGCUAGAGGGAAGAAGGAUGAUAAGUUUUGGUCAUUGCAACUUCCAGUCAUCAUUGUGGAGGUCGGAUUCGCAGUGUUCUUGUUGGUUGUUGUAUCGACAACUGCAAUCUUAUACGUUCGAUACAGAUUGAGGAACUGCCAAUGCUCGGAAAAGGAAUCCAAUAAGUCCAAGAAAAAUAAAGGGGCAGUUGCUUCAUCAUUUACUAAAGACAAUGGAAAAGUUCGGCCUGACUUGGAUGAUCUUAAGAUAAGGAGAGCCCAGACCUUCGCUUACGAGGACCUCGAGAGGGCCACAAACGGGUUCAAAGAAGAAUCGUUAGUCGGAAAAGGGAGUUUUUCGUGUGUCUACAAAGGGGUAAUGAAAAAUGGUACAGUUGUUGCUGUUAAGAAAGCUAUUGUGUCUUCUGAUAAGCAGAAAAACUCGAAAGAAUUCCACACCGAGCUUGAUCUACUAUCAAGAUUAAAUCAUGCCCAUCUGCUCAACCUUCUUGGCUAUUGUGAAGAAGACGGAGAAAGGCUUUUAGUUUACGAGUUCAUGGCUCACGGAUCCUUGCACCAGCACCUUCAUGGCAAGAACAAAGUCUCGAAAGAGCAAUUGGAUUGGAUUCGAAGGGUUACCAUUGCAGUCCAAGCAGCUCGAGGAAUCGAGUAUCUACAUGGCUAUGCUUGUCCGCCUGUAAUUCAUCGAGACAUCAAAUCUUCAAACAUUCUGAUUGAUGAAGAACACAAUGCUCGAGUGGCAGAUUUUGGUCUCUCUUUAUUAGGACCAGCGGAUAGCAGCUCACCAUUAGCCGAGCUACCUGCAGGCACGCUUGGCUAUCUCGAUCCUGAGUACUAUCGACUGCACUACCUCACUACCAAAUCAGAUGUUUAUAGCUUCGGGGUAUUACUUUUGGAAAUCCUCAGUGGCAGAAAGGCUAUAGAUAUGCAAUAUGAAGACGGGAACAUAGUCGAAUGGGCGGUUCCACUAAUCAAAGCCGGAGACAUAUCAGCAAUCUUGGAUCCAGUUCUGAAGCCACCCUCAGAUCCUGAAGCCCUGAAAAGAAUAGCAAACGUAGCUUGCAAAUGUGUUAGAAUGAAAGGCAAGGAAAGGCCAUCAAUGGAUAAAGUAACAACAGCAUUAGAGCGCGCCCUCGCUCAGCUGAUGGGCAGUCCGUGUAACGAGCAACCGAUAUUGCCAACGGAAGUAGUUCUCGGAAGCAGUAGAAUGCAUAAGAAAUCAUCUCAAAGGUCAUCAAACCGAUCAGCAUCGGAACCUGAAGUGGUAGAAGCCGAGGAUCAAAGAUUCGAGUUUCGAGCUCCUUCAUGGAUAACAUUUCCAAGUGUUACUUCUUCUCAAAGGAGAAAAUCUUCAGUUUCUGAAGCAGAUGUUGAGGGGAAAACUUCAGAAGCAAGAAAUGUAGGCUAUGGUGGAAAUACAGGGGAUGUGUUAAGGAGUUUGGAAGAAGAGAUAGGUCCUGCUUCUCCUCAAGAAAACUUGUUCUUGCAGCAUAAUUUCUGAAAUUAUCAUUUUCUUGUUAGUUUCUUUUUCCACUUCUAGCAUUACUGCUACCACUUUAAUUUGUUUAUUUUUUUCUUAUUAUGUAGUCUGAUCCUAACAACUACUGUAUGUUAGUUUUUUUAUCACUAAAAUGUUUGUACCAAUUGAAUUUAAGAACCCAAUCAAAGUAGUAUGAAACUAAAUGUGUGAAAACUGAAACCUUGAGGUACAAAGGUAAGUCUAUAAAAGGAUUUUAAUAUCAAUUUGUCCACUCAA